GGCUGGCGAGGUAACAACAAGGCGACGGCGGCGCUGCAGGGUCACUGGACGGCUCCCCGUCGUCGCAGGAGGGCGGCAAUGACGCCUCUCUGGCUGCUUCUCCUGUGUGGUGUAGUGGCCGCCGAGCGCCGGUACCUGUUCACAGCACCCAAUAUCUUCCUCGCUGGCUCGCCUGAGCGGGUGUGUCUGAUCCUGUUCGACGUGCCCGAGACCGGCGACCUGACGCUGACGUUCAGGAGAAGUGAGAGUAGCCCGACGGUCGCACAGCACACCCAGCAGGUGUCGGGCGUGGCGGGUGGGUCCAAGGAAACAUGCUUUGAGGUUCAAACACCAGAUCUCAACGAUUUUACUGUCUGGAUGGGUCUGGAAGUUACUUACCCAUCCGCCGUCAACUACACCAUCUCGGGAAAUCAAUACAUCUCUGUCUUUUCGGACAACACGCCUGAAGAUCAUGUCUUCAUUCAGACAGACAAGUACGUGUACAAGCCGGGUCAGCUGGUCCGCUUCCGCGUCCUCUCCGUCAACGGGAAACUGAGGCCGAUUUCGGAGCCGUUGCCGCAGAUUUACAUCGAAUCGCCAGCCGGGACGAGGGUGGCGCAGUGGACAAAUGUGACUGGUCAGAGCGGGCUGGUGCAGCUGGAAAUGCAGCUGGCCGAGGAACCCAGUCUGGGUGAAUGGAACAUACACGUAGCGACAAGCGGCGGGCGUAGGGUGACAAAGCCAUUCAAGGUCGAGGAGUUUCUGCUUCCCAGGUUCGAGGUCAACAUCCAGGGUCCUCCAUUCAUUCUGGGCAACGCCAAAGAAGUGACGUUGAAGGUGUGCGGAAGGUGGGUGCCAAAGUGUCAUGUUCCGAGAUGUAUUGUGGACGCCGUUGACGGGUGGACAAUCGCGUCAUGCGUGCCCGCUUACCCCUUGCAGACGUCCGGGGCCGACUGUGCCGUGUUUCGAGUCAGCGGCAGUGACCUCGGCUUCGGAAAAACAAUCCAAAGGCCGUACAGGCUGGAGGCCACCGCCGAACUCACAGAGGAUGACACUGAAGUCACAAUCAAGGGCACCAAGACGUUCCUCAUAGCAUACCAGGAGCUGAACCUCGAGAUUGACCUCUUGAAAAGCGAUUAUUUCAAGCCAGGACUUCCCUUCACUGAUUGGAUCAGGGUACGCCACCCGGACAGCACACCAGCUCCCGGUGAGCUGGUCCAGCUGUGUUUUGAGACCCAUUGGACGACGACAGAGGCUGGAAUCAGCACCACGUCUUCUGCAGAUCCGGUCUGUCUGAACAUCACGUCUGACAGCAGAGGCGUGGUCGCGUUCACUGUGCCGCCUCAGGAUCAGGAAAUUGAGAAGAUAUCCAUUCAGGCCACGACGCCGAAAUCGUCCAGUCUCAAGUACGACAUCACGGGCUGGUCCUCUGAGUCAGGAGCCUUUGUGCAGCUGCUUCGGCUGCCCCGCAAAGAGUUCACGUGCGGCGCUGAGGCCCACAUUCACGUCUUCUUCACGACCCGUCUGGAAUCGCAGUUCGAGCUGUUUUACCAGGUCACGGCCAACAGCGACAUCUUGCUGGCGGACUUCGUGCCGGUGACGUUUUCCGAGGCGGUCGACGUCUCUGCGCUGCAGGAGGGCAGGGUCGUUGACCUGCCCACGGUGUCCGGGUCACACCCCGUCGGUCAGGUGACCCUCGCGAUCCCAGUGACGUCAUCCAUGUCCUCGGGCUUCCAAGUUCUGGUCUACAUGGUGAUUGAUGGCGAGGUGAUCGCGGACAGCCAGUCAUACGCUGCGGAGCGCUGUCUGGACAACCAGGUGUCGCUGCGCUGGUCGCCUGACCGCGUCCAGCCGCGGGACACCGUGCAUCUGACGGUGACGGCUGCUCCCGGCUCGCUUUGUGGACUCGAUGUGGUUGACAAAUCGGUGAGUCUACUCGGCGAUAAGAACAAGAUCACGCUUUCUGACAUCUAUAAGAGCCUUCGAUCUCUCAUCUCGAUUGAUAACGUCGUUAGGAUCAACGACGACAAGUAUUGCAGGGCCAAAUAUGGACCACCGUCGACGCCAUCGCCGCCCAUUUCGGAUGAUGCCCUCGCGUUCAAAUUUCCCAGCGACCGGACCUCGAUCAGUUUGCUAGACGGCGGGCUGCCGUCCCCUCCCGGCUUCCCAUCACCCCCGCCGGCUAGGAAGAAGAGGCGAUCGCAGCCGUUCUCACCACCACCGCUGUCAUAUUAUUGGGAGACUACACACGCCGAUUCACUCACCGCAUUCCGUAGUCACUCCUUCCUGGUGCUCUCUGACCUAGUUACGGAAACUCGUGCCUGUACCGUCCGCUCCCAGCAGCGGACUAGGUACUACCGGCGCCGCCAUUACUCGCCUGGAGGACCCUUUCGCCGGAUCGGCUAUUCCUCAGGAGGCCCGACGCCGGUGCUCGAUUCGCCUUCCGGAUCGGCCCCGGCGCCGCCUCCGUCCGAGGUGCCUGACGUGGUUCGCACCUACUUCCCCGAGACGUGGCUGUUCGAUCUCCACACGGUCGGGAACGACGGCUCGGUGACGCUGACCCAGAAGGUGCCGGACACCAUCACCGAGUGGGUAGGCGGAGCCGUGUGCAGCUCGGAGACGGCCGGCCUUGGCGUGGCGCCGUCGGCCUCCAUCACCAGCUUCCAGCCGUUCUUCGUCAGCUACACGCUGCCCUACUCGGUGAAACGCGGCGAGACGCUAGUGCUCAAGGUCUCGGUGCUCAACUACAACGAAGAGGCGCUGCCGGUCAAGCUGACACUGGUGGCGUCGGACGAGUUCGAGACGCUCUCGGCGCCGGUGGUGACCUCGUGCGUGUCGACCGGCGUGGCCGAGGUCGUGCCGUACCUGCUGCGGCCCGGCCAGCUCGGCGACGUUAACAUCACCGUGGUGGCUGAGGUGUACUCCGACUUCCCCGCCGAGUGUGGGUCAGAGGUGGUGCCCUACUUCAGGGACGCCGUGACCAGGCCGAUUCUGGUGGAGCCGGAGGGCUUCGAGCGUGAAGUCAUCUACUCCUUCUUCAUGUGCAUCAGCCCGGAGGGUGCCGACCUGUCGAGCGGACCGAACAGACGGGAGGUUGACUGGCCGCUGCUUCUGCCGGCCGACCUGGUGCCCGACUCCGAGCGGGCUCAGAUCGCCGUCGUCAGAGACCUGCUGGGACCCAGCAUUGACAACCUGGAGUCGCUGGUACGGCAACCAACCGGUUGCGGCGAACAGAACAUGGUACUCUUCGUUCCCAACAUUCACGUCAUGAAGUAUUUGACUGCAGUUGGUGAACUGACUGAGCAAAUCAAGGAUAAACUUGUCAGCUUCAUGAGAUCAGGCUACCAGCGCGAGCUGGGCUACCGUCACGAGGACAAAUCCUACUCGGCAUUUGGCAAGUCGGACGACUCAGGCUCCAUGUGGCUGACCGGCUUUGUCAUCAAGUCGUUCGGUGACGCAAAGGAGUUCAUUUUCAUCGACGAGGCUGACCUGGAAGGAAGUGUGCGAUGGAUCGAAUCCCAUCAAUUGAGUAGCGGCUGCUUCCCAUCUUUGGGGACGGUUCUCAACAAGAAAAUGAAGGGUGGCGUUGGGUCCGGCGGCCAGCAGGCGCUGACGGCCUACAUCACCAUCGCGCUGCUGCAGUCGGGGGUAGAGCUGGGCAAGAACACCGUCCACGGCGCCUUCCGCUGCCUGACGCAGGACAUCAGCUCUGACCUGUACACGCUGACGUUGCUGACGCACGCGCGCGCCGUGGCCGGCCGCCUGGACGAGGCGCGGUUGGGUCUGACAGAGCUCAAGAGCCGUGCCACCAGAGAGGAGGGCCUGGUGCACUGGCGCAACGAAGGCUCUGACGAGAAUCGAGCGCUCAGCGUAGAAAUGGGUGCCUAUAACAUCCUGACGAUGAAUCUGCUGGAGAAAGCCGGUGACGACAGCAGCGAACACUUCAACGACGCGUUGGGUGCCGUGCGCUGGAUCACCCAGCAGCGCAACAGUCGCGGCGGCUUCGUGUCCACGCAGGAUACGGUGCUGGCGCUGGAGGCACUGGCCGUCUUCUCGACCGACCUGCCUCGCUCCAGCAGCGCCGACCUGCGAGUACACGUCUCCGAUGACAGCUCGCUGAACGACGUCAUCAGCGUGACGGCGGACAAUCUGCUACUGAUGCAAACUCGUGACGUCACGCUGCUGCCAGGUCACAUCCACGUCAGAGCACAGGGCACCGGCUGCGCCCUGGUGCAGGCCUCGUUGAAAUACAACGUGUAUACAGCCGGUCCAAACGACGCACUGACGAUCAACGUGGCCGCCAAGCCCAAAAUGAACCAGCGGGAAUGUCUGAAGCAUACCAUAGACAUCUGCGUCAGCUACUUGAAGGAGGAUGGCGAAACCAAUAUGGCUGUGGUCGAGCUGGACAUGGUCAGCGGGUUCAUUCCCAACAAGGAAAGUCUGAAUGACCUCAAACAGAACAUCGAGUUGGAUCUGAAGCGCUGGGAGGUCAACAACAACAAGGUGGUCUUCUACUUCGACUCGCUGGGAGGAAAGGAGCGCUGUUUCGGCAUCAUCGUGCAGAGAGAGCAGGAGGUGGAAGAUGCCAAACGGGCGGUGGCCAGCGUAUAUGAUUAUUACCAGACAGAGUUCGCCCGGAGCACGUCGUACGCCCUGGACGUCAACUGCGACACAGUUGUACCGUGGCCCAUUGGGCCGGUCCCACUGCCUGCGUUCGAGAACGACCAGCGAGGAGCCGGGUCCGAGUUCCGCGGCUUCUUCCUACGGGACGACAGACCGCAGCUGCCGGAGGGCCCGGAGGGCGUGGCCCCUCGUCUGGCGCCGCCGCCCCUCGGCUUCAGAGGUGCCGAGCAGGGCGCACCGGCGGCCGACGGCCGGGAGGACGAGGAGAGCAAGGACGACCAGGACGACGACGGGCCCGUCUGUCCGAUGUGCCUGGACAGGCUGCGCAAGGAGGACUUCAGCCACUACUUCUGCCUGUACGGGCGGGUGCUGGUGGCGACGCUGACAGAGGAGGGCACGCUCCAUUACCGCUCCUCCUGGGCUCUGGAGGGCAAGCCCACGCGGCUCGGGGUCCAGCAGCCAAUCGCCAUGACUGACGGUUGCGGCUGCGUCCUUGACACGGGGAGGCCGCUGUACGUGUUCGGCAUGACGGAGGACCAGCUGGAGCAGUCACUGUUGCCGCUGACCGACGAGCACGUGCUGGCGGCGGCUCCUGGCACCGUGCAGCUCCGCAAGCGUCAGGUGGAGCUGGCUCGCGAAAGGGGCUGCCAGUAAAGCUCGACAGGCUGCCGGUGAUGACCCGCGGGGCUGCCGGUGAUGACCCGAGGGUCUGCCGGUAAUGACCCGCGGCGCUGCCGGUGAUGACCCGCGGGGCUGCCGGUGAUGACCCGCGGGGCUGCCGGUGAUGACGCGAGGGGCUGUCGGUGAUGACGCGAAGGACUGCCAGUGAUGACCCGAGGGUCUGCCGGUGAUGACCCGCGGGUCUGCCGGUGAUGACCCGCGGGGCUGCCGGUGAUGACCCGCGGGACUGCCGGUGAUGACCCACGGGGCUGCCGGUGAUGACCCGCGGGGCUACCGGUGAUGACCCGAGCUGCUGCAGGCUUUCGCUGCGUCGGGCACCGGAGCCGCGCGACUGUCACGUGUGCUGAUGGGCGUGUUUUGCAUCGUUCAUGGGAGGCUAUACUGUCACGGUGCAAUGUCCCGCCGCUGUGUACUGGCACAUGCUGGUCCCGCGCGAGUUCGACGUCAUGUUCACAUUUUGCUCGACGGUGUUCCAUAAUAUAUGCAUUA